AUGGCUAUUCAAAAAUUCCAUGUUGGAAUUAUUGGGGCGGGAAUCGGCGGCCUGGCGGCUGCCAUUGCCCUUCGUCGAGCCGGCGUUGAAGUUACUCUACUAGAAGGAGCCGCGAAGUUAGGAGAAAUUGGCGCUGGCAUCCAAAUGACCCCCAAUGUGUCUGUCCUCCUUCAAAGAUGGGGAGUCGACAAAGUGAUUGGAAACAACCUAGUUCAGAUCGAAGAACUUAACAUGCGUCGUAAAGAUGGCACCAAAGUUGGAUAUACCAACAUCCCCAUUCUGGAGAAAACAUUGGGACGACCUUGGUGGCUUGUCCAUCGCGCUCACCUCCAUGAAGGUCUAGUGGAGGUAGCAGAGCAACUGGGUGCAGUGAUCCAUAUUGACUCUAGGGUUGUCGAAAUUGAGUAUACCUCUGAGGACAGAGUAACAGCAAAGACAGCCAAGGGCGACUCACAUAGAUUCGACUUGUGCAUCGGUGCUGAUGGGGUCAACAGCAUUGUGCGUCAAGCACUCUUUCCUGAUGUCGUCCCGGAGUGCCCAACGACCAAUUGUGCAUACAGGGCAAUUGUGCCAUAUGAUCUCAUUCGUCAAGAUCCAAUUGCGAAGGAGAUUGUCGAUAAGCUGACCAUGGAAGUCUGGAUGGCUCCAGACGCUUAUGUUAUUACGUAUCCCAUCAGUGGUGGCGAUGUCUUCAACAUGGUACUGUCGCACCAUCCGCCUAAGAAGCUCCAGGCCACUCAACACGACGUCCCAAUCCAAGAAUUGCAAUUCGAGUACAAAGAUUUUGAUCCAAGAAUCAAGAGAAUCAUUGAUAUGGUCCCACAGACAUCUCGCUGGCCUUUGCUGGUGACUGGGCCCUUGGAAUCAUGGUCUUCACCUAAGAAGAACGUAGUUUUGAUGGGUGACGCCGCCCACUCAAUGGUCAACCACAUGGCACAAGGAGCUGCCACAGCCAUGGAAGACGGUGCCUUUUUGGGCAAGUGUAUCGGCGCAGUUGCGCAAGGCAAGCUCACCUUGAGUGAGGCUAUCAAGAUUUUCGAAACCGAGCGCAUGCCAAAGGCAUACAUGAAGCAACAGGUUUCAUUCAUCAAUGGCGCAAUUUGGCAUUUGCCGGAUGGCCCGCAGAGCCGACAGCGUGACAUUGCCAUGUCCACUGAGAUGGAGGGCAAGUACUUUAUUCGAAGCAGCAACCUUUAUGGAGACCCGCAGACUGUCUUGGAGGUGUAUGGAUAUGAUGCCGAGGGUCACGCUGAGGAAUCGCUGAGCCGUGUGUUGAAUGGAGGAAAAGACGCCGUCGACGCUGAGACCGGUGUUCUACGCAUUACGGAAAAUAAGUAUAUGGGAUGGUUCACGAAUGAAGCUCCGAAACAGAAGCAAGCGGCGCCUUGA